UAAAGCAAUACUUCUGUCAGUCCUCCAGCUGUCAAUCAAGAUAAAUAGUCUCUUAAAAACCCCUAUCAGACCCGAGGUAUCGUCAUAGUUGGACUCUGGCCGCUGUCAGUAGCGACAGGACUCAGUCUCCGGUGCAAAACAGCAGCGCACACUUGUCGCAGCAAGAGCUCCGUGGAUAAAGAGUUUAUGUCGGAAUAAAGGUGCGCAAAAUGACAGAUAUUCCUCAGAGGCGCACAUGAACUGCCUUGGACCGCGUUUCACUCUAUUAAGAGUGAGUCAGCUCUGCAAAAUAAGGCGAAUUGCCUUAUUCACUCAUUUAAAUAGGAGUAAAGGUGAUCGCUCCGAGCAAGGAUUCAAUUAGUUCGGCAAUUGUUCCAGGCGAGAACUGAGAUAAGCGGACACUGAGACGGAGUGAAAUGGAUCUGAAGGCGCUGGGCUGCGUGGUGCUCUUACCUAUUCAGAUACUAUACUAUACUGUCAAGGCGACCGUGUGCUGGUUCCUACCGAGCAGGCGGAGAGAUCUGACCGGAGAUGUAGUGCUUAUCACGGGUGGCGGACGGGGCAUUGGCCGUCACCUGGCUAAGGAGUUCGCCGUGCGUGGAGCUAAAAAGCUAAUUCUGUGGGGCCGGACGGAAAAAUGUCUGAAGGAGACUUGUGAGGAGAUCACCCUCAUGGGGACAGAGUGCCAUUAUUUCGUUUGCGAUGUGGCCAACAGGGAAGAAGUCUACAAGCAAGCCAAGGUUGUCAGAGAAAAGGUGGGAGAUGUGACCAUUCUGGUUAAUAAUGCUGCAGUGGUGCAUGGCAAGAGUUUGCUGGACAGUGAUGAUGAUGCUCUUCUCAAGUCGCAACACAUCAAUACAAUGGGACAGUUUUGGACCACGAAAGCCUUCCUGCCUCGUAUGCUGGAACUCCAAAAUGGCCAUGUUGUGUGUGUCAACUCCAUCCUGUCACUGUCCCCCAUCCCCGGUGCUAUAGAUUACUGUACAUCUAAAGCUUCUUCACUGGCCUUCAUGGAGAGCUUGACUCUGGGGCUGCUGGACUGUCCAGGUGUGGCCUGCACCACCGUCCUCCCGUUCCACACCAACACUGAAAUGUUUCAGGGCAUGAGAGUGAGGUUUCCGCAACUUUUUCCUCCUCUAAAGCCAGAGGUUGUAGCACAGAGAACAGUGGAUGCUGUUCGGACAAAUACAGCCUUUGUUUACUUACCCUGGACCAUGAACGCACUCGUUAUCCUCAAAAGCAUGCUACCACAGAGUGCACUGGAGGAAAUCCACAGAUUCUCAGGAACCUACACCUGCAUGAAUACAUUCAAGGGGCGGACAUGAGAGAUUUAGGAAUAACACAGGAGUUUCAAGUGUUACAUAAUUUUAAACAAACUGUUUUUUAUUAAACAAAGGCUCUGGAGUUGUUCUUUCACGAGCAUUGAGUUAGAAGAAAAAAAGACAGAGAGCCAGAACGCAUUUCCAGGACUGUUUGCAGGUCAGCACUGACCUUUGUGUUGCGUUGUUGGACAAACACAGAAUGGAAGAAAAAAAAGAAGCCUCAGUUGAUCGCUGUGCUGUACUGUAUGUGUACUUUAAUGUUUUUUAACAAUCACCUUUUAACUACUGUCACUGUAAAUUCUGCAUCUGAAUAAAAAAGAAAAAAAAAGA